AUGGGUAUGAACAGAACGUCCGAGGAGAUGAUGAAAAAGAACAAGAUGUACCAAGAAGGAGAACUUGGAAAAGAGGAACAGACGAACAUGGGUCGCGGAGGAUCCAGCAUCCGAGGAAAGUCAAACGGAGCCAAGGUUUCCGCCCCUCUUCCCCUGAACUUGCCAAGCAGAAGACACGAGAAAGGCGGUCAUGAUGUCUCUCUCGUGUCGUCCGGCUCCAGCUGGGGUUCCCCCUCUGUUCCUUCUACCGCUGUACUCGGGUCAGCAUCGUCCACAGGCUCAUCACCCACUGCAGACGGUACCAGCCCCUUGCUGACAACGGCCCCUCAAGGACAAGCAAGCGACUCCCCUCAGCCGGAUGCUCAAGGAGGCUCCCCUUUCCAAAAGGCUAUCCCGCGAGCCUGGGGUGCUGUUGCCCAGACGUCCGAUAGCAAUCUUGCUGAAUACCCGACAGCAGCCGAGGCUGCAAAGAAAGCGCAAGAGCACCAAGGCGACCACCAAGGAAACGGAAACUUGAACCAUAUAAGCAGUAACACCUCAGCAGCCAAACCAACUACUGGCAUCACAACUUCGGGCGAGCCCAUGGCCAAGACGGUCUCCGCUAUGUCAGGAGGAGAUAACUGGGACGAGGCCGAUGAGGACGAAGGCGUGGACUUCCUGAACGCGGAAGCCAUUGAGUUCGCAGACGGUUCCGUUGUGGUUGCAGCAGCAGUGGCGCAGACAACCGAAACUCCCGAUGAGGCAGGGCCACAACCACAGGGGACCACCCAAAAACCCGCCGCCAGCCCACAGCCAACUAGCACCAGCAAGCCUAUUACCAGCCAUCACCCCCCCACGAGCCACCCAACAGAGGAACGCGUCGUUGAUCGCGGAGACGUCGACUUCAACCGAUCGCUUCCAAACAGGACCCCGCCCACAGCAGGACACUCUCUAUACCAACCUAAUCACGAGCAAGGUUCCCGGUUUGGAUCUCAUGACCGAGGUCACCCGUCUCUGUGGCAGGGCAGUCCCAGUGAUCGUCGACCCAGCUCGGACCGGACACAAGGAUACCAACAAAACCAGCGACGGGAGUCAUUUGGAAAUCGCGAUCAUUCAGGACUCCCUCGUCGAGACUCGUAUGAUCGCCGUGAGCCCCCGAGCCGCUCGGGAAGCUACAGUCGAGAUCGCGAUAUGCCAUACCGCGACAACGACUAUGGCUCAGAUCGUAGACUCAGCCAUGACCGCCAGUCACACGGUACGGAUCGAUUCUCUGAUCGGCCUCCGCGAGAUUACCAGGUGCUUUCCCGAUCUAAAGAUGGAUCGCUUGACCGCUCAGGGCACUUUGGCCAGGGUUCUCAAACUCACUCUCACUCAGGGCCAUACGAUCGCUCAGGACCUUCAGAUCGUGCAGGACCAUUGGACCGUGUAGAUCCUCAGCACCGUGUUGGUCCUCACGACGUUCCAUCAUUCGGCCUCCGCGGCAUCGGUCCUCACCAGCAGUCACCUAACGCAGACCAGGGCUAUGUCGGUUCCCCAAGAGGAAAGGACGGUCACGAUUCUAGACUGAACAGCCACGGCCAUAUGGUGCCUCCGGGAGCUGUUGAGUAUGAUCGCCCAGCUCAGGUGUCUGAAGAACAACGAGAGGCCAUGAAGCAUGCUGCGGACGAUGCACGCCGUCGACGCCAGGAGGAAGAGGCCAAGUACGAGGAGGCCAGAGCCAGAGCGAAAGCCAAGGCAGACGAGUUGGCCAAGAAGGCAGAAGAAGCCAAGCUCGCGAAGGAGAAGGCAGAGCAAGAAGCGAGGGAGAAGGAGGAGGAGGAGCUCGCAGCAAAGGAGAGACAGGAGCUGGAGGCGACCAAGGCCAAGGAACGAGAGGCAGCUGAGGCAGAGAGACUAGCGAAACUCCCAGCAACGGUCAGGGAGUUUGGCAAUCCGAACUUGCGGCCACACAUGCGCGAACUCACCGACGAUGAGCAGAAGGACGCUUUGGCAAAAUGGCAGGCGCUCCCCGGACGCCUUGUUAAGGAGGAUGCGGAUCGAGCAGCUCAAAAUAAGGAGAAACGUCUCCUAGAGGCAGAGCAGAAGGCUCAAGCAGCGAAUACAGUGCCGGCCCCUACCGCUGCUGCUACAUCAUCCGCAGCGAGCACAGCGCCAGUGGUAGGACCCUGGCGUCGCGGCCAACCUUUGCCCAAGGCAAAAGCGGAACCUGAGGCCAACGUUGACAGCACCGCUUCCGCAACAGCCAAGAAGGACGAGAAGGUCUCCGAGCCCGUCAAGUUGGCGUCCCCAAGUACGCAAGGAGUCGUUCAUGAGCCGCGAGUCGAACAGUUGGAUAAAGUGAUGCACAGGAUCGAAGAGAGCUUCCAGUCACGAGGAAACUCUGUCCAAGCGAUGGAAGCCAACAUGAAGAGACCGGCAGACCACUCGGAGCAGACUACCCAGAUCAACACCACAAUUGACGGAGCCGAGAAGGACAAGGCAUUUCAGCUGGAUCAAAGCCUCACAGCUACUGCUCAAGCCAAGGCUCCUGUCAAGGAGAAAGGCCGGAAUGCCAAGGCAAGUCGGGCCGAGAGAAGCAGCGGAGACACUUCAACCUGGCGCAAGGACGACAAGGCCACUGGCAUCAAGGACGAGGCUAAUACGAUCGGUGACUCAGCGACCAAGAAUUCGACGGAGGCAGGAAAGGCAAUGGCACCGAUAGCAUCCGCACCUAGACCAAUCGGUAAUGGUCGGAUGUCGCGGUCAGCAGCCGCUGCCUACUCCAAGGGCAAUUAUCCCGCUAGGGCCAACGGAGCCAACGGUGCUGUCAAGAUCGCCGAUAUCACCAGAAUUCACGCCAGACUGUCACUCCAGUCUGCCGGCGACCAAGAGUUGGAGCCAAGCAGCAAGGAUGGUGAGGAUAAGUCGGGAGUACACUCCGCAGGUACCAAGAGUGAGGCGUCAAAGCCAGGUACUUCUGCCAAGCGCAAUUCGCUUUCUGCGUCAUCGCCCGCGACCAUCUUCCCUGUGAACGUCGAGAAAGCCGCCAGGAACCGAGGAAGCAUGAGCUUCAUGGUCGAGAGUGAGAUUGAUCCGCCUCACAUAGUCGACUCGGCGCCUGCUGUUGACAAGACCAUCGUUAAGGUACCAUUGGAAACUUCCGCUGCACCUGAAGACCAGGAUCAGUCUACCAAGGACACCCCCAAUCAAGCAUUAAACCACGUGAGCGAGGAACAGCAGUUCAAGACCACAGCUCACCCGCAGACGCAUGGUGGUAACCACAUCGUUGUAUCACACACAAUGGGAAUGCUUCCUGCUGGACCCAACAUGCACAUGUUCGAUGCAUCUGUCAACAGGGGACACGGUCAGCAUGCCCAGGCAAUCUGGGCAAGUGCGGCCGGGGUCGAUGCCACUAGCCAAGGUGGAGCAGGAGCAAGAGGAGCGCAUCCUGUCAUGAUGGCCCCUCUGGGAGUGAGUGGUCCCGCGCACCCGUCUCAGCCCUAUCCGGUUAUGAUGCCCCCACCAUAUUACCUUCAAGGAUAUCCUCAGCAUCCAUACUACUACCAGAGAUCCAUGGCCCCAGCUCCCCAUUUGAACGCAUUCCCUGGAGCAGGCAUGCCGCCACCUUUCGGAACAGUUCCACUUUCACCAGUCGAUGCCCGUGAUUCACCCGAGCUGACCAGUCAAGCUUCGAAUGCAACGACCUCGGCGCCCUCCGAUCUGCAGAGCGAUGCUAGUAACCAGACAGCAACCUCUCCAAGCAGCUCGAUUCUGGGACCUCACCACUGGCUUCCCCGGUUCUCAGUUGCUGGCGAUGCUCCUCCUCAGCAGGCCAUCGUCUCUGCCGGACCCUUCUUGGUACCAGCGCCCACUCCUCAGCAAGCUCAGGCCAACAUUAUGGCCGCCGCCAAUAUUAACCGUGUUCCUCAGCCUCGCCCCUAUGGACAUCAUCCUCACCCUCAAAUGAUGCAUCAACAACCUUUGCCGUCUCACUCUAUGAAGCAUCCGGGACGAGUGCAGACGUCAGGUCCAGCUUCUCUUGAGAGCAGCUUCCAGGAAGGAUCGGGAUCCCCGACAACGGCGGAUGGAUGGAGCUCUAACGCGACUCUCGCGUCUUCAAGCUCGACCUCGACUAGCCCUGCUAGCAGCAGUGGCCGCAACCACGGGCCCGGACAGAUGCAUUCGUGGGCUCCUGGGGCAGGACGUGCAGGAUCUAUGGGUGGAGUCGGAGGAGGUCCCUCAGGCGCAUACGGGAACUACCAGCCCAUACCACACCACGUUCACCCCAACAGCGGACGAGGCGGACGCGGAGGCUAUGGCAAUUACCACCCUUCACGCGACUUUAGACCUCGCGGCGGAUACGUUGGUCAUCUCAGCCAGCCUCAAUUGCAAGGCCACCCUUCGUCUUACUCUUACGGCCAUCAUCAUCAGCAGCACGGAGGACAGCCCACGGGCGUUUCGUCCGGAGUCUCUGGAUCGAUGGACUCUUCGCCGUCUCACUCACACCAGCACUCGCAUCAACAGCCACAGAAUCUGGCAACCCCUCAGCCUCCUCACGUUUCUCACUCUGCUGUGGUGACACCUGUAUCUACCAACACACUUUCGUUUUAA